CGGCCAGCGAGCGACGUCCCAGCCGAUCCUCCACGGAGCCCUGGUGCUAUGUAGCCUUGGACCGGUGGGUGGGUGAACGAGUAAGCUGGGAGCUGGUCAUGACUUCGUAACAUUAGAUGCGCUGACAUGAGGACGUACGCUACAGCGUCUGUUUCGAAAAGGCGGACUAGGGAUUCCGUCUGGCGUCGAUUUUCGAUGAGCAAAUGAGAGGCGAUGCGGCGCGGCGUCUGAACGGAAGACUUUUCGCCUCUCCGUAGACAACCAGCUAGCUCCCGUUAGCUACGUAGCGCACAGCUAGCUAACACUCAGCUAAUGCGAACGACGGGACACGAAUACGCAGACAGAUCCCGGGCCAGCUAAACAAAUCAAGUCAACAUGACUGUUUCCCUGGUGAGCAGCACCUCCUUUGCUGAGGGACCCCAGCCUGGCUCGGUUUCUGGACUUGCUGUUGCGGGGAUGAGAUAAUAGCGUAACCCGGCUGGUGCAUGCUGCUACAGGAAGGCCCGUGGCACUUAUAAACCCAACCUGCCCUGCCCUCCACCCCUUCCCUGAUCCCAAACCCCCAUACCCUGAACCCCUAAUCCCGAUUUGAAUUCAUUUCCACGGUCAAAACAUGACGACACCAGCUCUUCUGCCGCUCUCGGGCCGCAGGAUACCUACCCUGUCGCCCGGGGCAUCCUCCUUCCCACACCACAGGGCCACCCUGAGGCUCUCAGAGAAGUUCAUCCUCCUCCUCAUCCUUAGUGCCUUCAUCACCUUAUGCUUUGGAGCCUUCUUCUUCCUCCCAGACAAUUCCAAGCACAAGCGCUUUGACCUGGGCUUGGAGGAUGUGCUCAUCCCCCACAUUGACUCGCCCAAAGGAGGGAAGCACUCCGCAGGGCAAGUGGUCAUUCAUGGACAGGGUGGACAUGAUGAGCACAGACACAGGGAGGAGGAGGAGAGCCUCCGGGACAAGAUCCGGGCGGACCACGAACGGGCGCUGCAGGAGGCCAAGGAGAAGCUGCGGAAGUCCCGCGAGGAGCUGCAGGCUGAGAUCCAGACAGAAAAGAGCAAGGUGGCGGAGGACCUGAAGAAGAAGGAUGCAGGCCCCAAGCCCCUCCCACCCGUACCCAUGCCCAAAGUGGUGGGCGUCAGUGAUGGCGAGCCACCCGAGCCUGAUGUCAAGGAUAAGCGCGACAAGAUCCGUGAGAUGAUGAAGCACGCAUGGGACAGCUACAGACAGUACGGUUGGGGUCACAAUGAGCUGAAGCCCCUCGCCAAGAAAGGACAUACAACCAAUAUCUUCGGCAAUUCCCAGAUGGGUGCAACCAUUGUGGAUGCUUUAGACACCCUGUACAUCAUGGGCUUACACGAGGAGUUCAAAGAUGGCCAGGAGUGGAUUGAACAGAACCUGGACUUCAGUGUGAAUGCUGAGGUGUCUGUCUUUGAGGUCAACAUCCGUUUUAUUGGAGGACUGCUGGCUGCCUACUACCUCUCUGGACAGGAGGUAACUACCCAUCUGUUUAGAGUGAAAAUUAUUAGGGUCUUCACUAAGCUAUUAAUGCACCUUCAAACUGUACCCACAGACAUAAAAAAGGGUAUUCACAAUGGUGUGGGCCGUAACUGGGGCUGGGCAUCAGCGGGCAGCAGUAUCCUGGCUGAGUUCGGGACUCUUCACAUGGAAUUUGUCCACCUCACCUACCUGACGGGAAAUCCUGUCUACUACCAAAAGGUCAUGCACAUCCGUAAGCUGUUAGCCAAAAUGGACCGUCCCAACGGGCUGUACCCAAACUACCUAAACCCCCGCACAGGCCGCUGGGGCCAACACCAUACCUCAGUAGGUGGUCUGGGUGACAGUUUCUAUGAGUACCUGCUUAAGGCCUGGCUCAUGUCAGACAAGACCGACAUAGAGGCUCGCAAGACUUAUGACGAUGCUAUAGAGGCUAUCGAGCGCCACCUGAUCCGUAAGUCCAAUGGCGGGUUGACUUUCAUAGGGGAGUGGAAGAAUGGCCACCUGGAGAGGAAGAUGGGUCAUUUGACCUGCUUUGCUGGCGGCAUGUUCGCGCUGGGUGCCGAUGGAUCACCUGACGACAAGGCCGGACAUUACCUCCAGCUGGGUGCCGAGAUUGCACACACCUGCCAUGAGUCCUAUGACAGGACAGUAUUGAAGCUAGGUCCAGAAGCCUUUAAGUUCGACAGUGGCCUUGAGGCAGUGGCGGUGCGGCAGAAUGAGAAGUACUACAUCCUGCGGCCGGAGGUCAUCGAGACCUACUGGUACAUGUGGAGGUUCACCCACGACCCCAAGUACCGGCAGUGGGGCUGGGAGGCUGCACAGGCCAUAGACAAGUACUGCAGGGUGAGUGGAGGCUUCUCCGGUGUUAAGGAUGUGUACUCCUCCAACCCCACCUACGACGAUGUGCAGCAGAGCUUCUUCCUGGCCGAAACGCUCAAGUACCUGUACCUGUUGUUCUCCAGUGAUGACCUGAUGCCCUUGGAGAACUGGGUGUUCAACACAGAGGCCCACCCUCUGCCUGUCCUCCACCUGGGAAACAUCACCCUACCUGGCAGCCAGCCGGCCCAGCGGUAGACACAGACCUCCUCAUCCUCCUCCUUGCCACCAGGGGGCGCCACCUGCCCACCCACUCACCCACACUGGACAAAGUCACAAAAUGGCUCAGACGGACUCUCUACCGGUCUCAGACUGCAGAAACAGAAUGGACACACAGGGAUAUGGAGGUAUAGAGGGCUGGAGAGAUGAGGGGGGCAGGGGGGCAGACCACUGUAGAGUAGAGAGGAUUCGGAACUGAAGCUUCAGGCUCAUAAAAAACUCCACAUAUCUCUCUUUCUCUCUUUUUGUCUCACACACUUUUGUUUUUCUUCGUCCUCGUCGAUCUUCUCCCCACUUAAUCAGAGGAUCGGUGGGUCCAAUUCUCAGCCCUGUGAUUGGCUAGGGCUGAUUUUUUUCCCUCUCCUCCAUGACGGACCGAACUUUAAUCCUGAGGCUUGAUUUGAUUUUUCUUUUACUUUUUUUUUUCUUUUUUUUUUCUUUUUUCCAAACUCGACCAAACGUUCCUGUCACACAGACUCACGCUGAUGCAGCAAGUGAAUGUGUGUAUGGGGCUUGUGAAGGAACAGGAAGACAGACUGAUAUGGCUGGACAGACACUGCAAUAUGGGGAUG